ACUACCAAGAUGCCUCGAAAGACCGUACAGCAGUUGGAUGCAUACAUUAAGGCAACAGCCGUCGUGUACGACCACUCCAACGCCAAGCUCAUCAGCAGGAAGACUAAAGUCAAACCAAGGAGGAAACAAGCUUUCCUGUCUGUACUGCAUUACAGGAAAACGUCAUCGGAUGAUUGCAGUGCAAAGAGGAGACCAUCGAAACGAUGGACUCGAAGACAAUCAAAGCAGACACAUGAAAGUCAGAGUAACACCAAAGACGUAAAACAGAAACUGCAGGUCUUUGUCCGGACUCCCUCCUCACAUAGAUCCAAGACACUUUAUUUCGAACUCCAUCCCAAGACAUCCGUCUCAUCUCUUAAAGAAACAAUCCAGAAGAAGAUCGGUGUGGAGGCACGACAUCAACGUCUGUACAUCAGGGAAAACGUCCAGCUAUGUGACUUGCUCACACUUGAGGAGAAUGGCGUUGAAAAGGAUAAACUCAUCUCUCUUCGUCUAUCAUUAGAUGACGCAAAUAACGACGAUGUACUAAAAGGUAAAUGA